AUGGUUCAUGGGGUAAUGCGUAUUCCCGCCGCCUUUCUGGUUUUUCUGCUGGCCGCGCACCACCACCAGCCAGCGAAAGCUCAAUCACCCUUUGAUGUUCUCUCCACAGCCAUCACUGAACUGAGCAGAGUUAUUACAGUUCCCUUCGAGGUUAUACCGGGCCUCUUGACGGGGGCAAGAAGACCAGAAGGAGAAGAAAAGGAGCAGCAGCAGCAGCAGCAGAAGCAGGAUCAGCAGCAGCAGGAGCAGCAGCAGCAGCAGCAGCAGAAGCAGACAGAGCAGCAGCAGCAGGCUGUUGCUGCUGAUGAAACAGAAGAAAGCCUCGUAGCUCAAGAAGUUGUAGAGGCAGCAGCAGAAGAGCAGCAGCAGCAGCAGCAGCAGGAAGAGGAGCAGGAGCAGCAGCAGCGGCAGCGGGAAGAGCCAGAAGCCGAAGCAGCAGCAGCAGCAGCAGCAGCAGCAGAUUCAGAAAAUGAAGAAACAAAUGAAUAUGUAAAAACAACAAACACAGAAGAAGAAGAAGAAGAAGAAGCAAAUACCUUUCUUGCUGCUGCACGUGAAAAGGAGACAGACGCAGCAGCAGCAGCAGCAGCAGCAGCAGCAGAAGAGGAAGCAGAAAGAACAGCAACAGUGAAAGAAGUAAUUGAAGCAGCAGAAGCAGAAACAGCAGCAGCAGCAGCAGCAGCAGGAACAGCAAAAGAAGAAACAGAAAAAACAACAAACGAAGAAGAAGAAGAAGAAAACGAUGCAACUCCAUACUAA